AUGGAUGGCUACGUAUCCGCGAAUGAACUGAACACUUUUAUUGCUCCCCUCGUGCCCUUCAACAACAGCGAUGUUUUCGAAUGCAACGCCGCUCUCCGACUGGCCCGCAUUAUCUGCACCCACACCCUCAUGCCCAUCGUCUGCGUGGUGGGCAUGGCCGGCAAUGUGUUGAAUAUAGUAGUUCUCACCUCAGCCACUAUGCGCUCCUCUACUUCGUACUACCUCUGCGCACUGGCGGUGUACGAUUUCCUUUAUAGUCUCACUGGUUUGCCCCUCACUCUGCGCACUUACCCGUCUCUUGAAAUGUCUUCUGCCUACAUGAAUGCCCUCACAUAUCUCCUGCCCCUGGGCAACAUGUGGAGCAACAUCACAACUUGGCUAACCUGCGCCUUUACUAUUGAACGAUUUGUGGCCAUUUCUGCGCCCAUUCGCUCGCGCAAGAUCUCUUCCAUCCGUCGGACCCAGUGGAAUAUCGUUUUUAUCAGCCUGCUUAUCGCCAUCAUUACUCUGCCCGACUUUUUUGGGUGGAAGAUUCGAGAGGCUCGAAGGACGUGUUCCAACAGUGCUAAGAGGUCAAACGUCAAACAUAACCCAAUGGUGCCCUGCGUGGAGAUGUUCUACAUCUUUGAAUCAACCUGGAUCAGCACUCAGCUAGACCGCUUCGGCUGGUCCUAUGCUAUUGUGGCGCUUUUCGUUUUCAUUCCACUUGUUGUUUUAACAAUCUUCAAUGCCCUCCUUAUUAGGUCUGUAAUUAAAUCGCACAACGAGCGAAAAGAUAUUCUUGCUGGAACAGCACAAAUCAACACUAAGAGGAGGAGAAAAGCGUUGCCUGAUGCCCAACCUCCGCCUGUUAGGAGGGAACUAGUAUGGCGAAAAUGGUGGAUUGCAACCCGAUACUACCAACAGAAUUCAUUUCAAAGGUCUGCUCCAUCUGACAGGUCUCCAAUCGAGACAGGUUCUGAUAGGAACACAUUUACACUGCCUACCUCAGGAGGCGCAGAUGAGACAGUGGGCAGAGAAUUUAUCACAACUAGCGAUCAGCACUACUACUGGUUCCGAUGCAAGAACCGCGAUCGCAAACACAACUAUGAAGUCGCCUUUCGUAGGUCUUCCCAUCAAGACAAGCAGUCAAUCACCAUCACGUUGAUUGCUGUUGUAGUGGUCUUUUGCAUGCUCAACGCACCCAGUGCUGUGGUGUGCCUGAUAAGACCCUGGUUCAAGCCCUCCGAUGCGAGAAUCAAAGCCUUUGGCAACAUCUCCAAUCUCUUACUAAUGCUGAACGCUUCUGUAAACUUUAUUCUCUACUCUCUCUUUAGCGCUAGUUUCCGACGCUCCUUUCGAACGCUACUGAAGAGAUGCCGCUGUUGA